AAAUCAGAGAGAGAGAGAUUGAAGCAAAUUAAGAUGAUGGAAACAGCGGUUCCUCAUAGCUCUGUGACAGUGGAAGAAGUGCCUGCAAGUAACAAGGAAAACGGCCAUGUCGUCAAGCCCUCUGAUCCAAAGCAACUAGACGCAGGAGCACUCUUUGUUCUCAAAUCCCGAGGAUCAUGGUUGCACAGUGGGUAUCAUCUGACAACAUCGAUAGUGGGGCCGGUGCUUUUGACUCUGCCAUUCUCAUUCACACUUCUGGGCUGGCCUGGUGGAGUCUUGUCUUUAACCCUAGCUGGUCUUGUUACCUUCUAUUCUUAUAAUCUUUUAUCUCUCGUCUUGGAGCGCCAUGCACAGCUCGGGCAUCGUCUGCUUCGCUUCCGAGAUAUGGCCACCCAUACUUUAGGGCCAAGAUGGGCCAAAUACUACGUAGGCCCACUUCAAUUGGCUAUAUGCUUCGGCGCAGUUAUUAGUGGUCCUCUUGUGGGAGGGCAAAGCCUCAAGUUCAUUUACAUUCUGUACAACCCAGCAGGAACAAUGAAGCUGUACCAAUUCAUAGUGAUAUGUGGGGUGAUCACAUUAGGGUUGGCUCAACUUCCAUCAUUCCAUUCCCUAAGGCACAUGAAUCUUGUAUCUCUUAUUCUCUGUGUGGCUUAUAGUGCUUGUGCCACAAUUGGUUCCAUAUAUAUUGGUAAGCAAAUUGAAUCAGAACAGAUACACAUGGCCUCUUCAACAGAAAACUAUAAAAAGAAAAUAUCUACCUAUAUAUAUAUGUGCUGUGUGUGUGUAUACAUUUCAGGUCAUCACUCAAAGAACAUUGCAGCCUCCAGAAGCUAUGCAGUGAAUGGGAGUAGUAUUGACAAGCUCUUCGGUGUCUUCAAUGGCAUUUCAAUCAUUGCUACAGCAUAUGCAUGUGGUAUCAUUCCUGAAAUACAGGCAACUAUAGCAGCACCUGUGAAAGGGAAGAUGUUGAAAGGGCUAAGUGUAUGCUAUUGUGUGAUAGUCACAACUUAUUUCAUGGUGGCAAUAUCAGGAUAUUGGGCAUUUGGGAAUCAAGCCAGUGUCACUAUUAUUGCUAGCUUCAUGGCACAACAACAAAAGCCUCUUCUUCCCACUUGGUUUCUUUUGAUCACCAACUUAUUCACUCUCCUACAAGUACUCGCUGUCACUGUGAUCUACUUGCAGCCAACAAAUGAAUUGUUCGAAACGAUUUUUGCUGAUCCAAAACUGGGAGAGUUCUCUAUUAGAAAUGUUGUGCCAAGAUUGAUUUCAAGGUCAUUAUCGGUGGUGGUGGCCACAGUAUUGGCUGCGAUGCUGCCAUUCUUUGGAGAUAUAAUGGCAGUGCUUGGUGCGUUUGGGUGCAUUCCUAUUGACUUCAUUUUGCCAAUGGUCUUCUUCAAUCUUACUUUCAAGCCCUCCAAACGCAGCCUUCUCUUCUGGGGCAACACAUUCAUAGCUUUAGCUUCCUCAGUUUUGGUUGUCAUUGGGGCCAUAGCAUCAGUUAGACAAAUAGUCCUUGAUGCCAAAACCUAUAGUUUGUUUUCUGAUCAUUAAUUAUAAUAUAUA